AUGUCGGAACCCAAAUAUAUCAGUUUCCCUCACCUACCGGCUGGUUCCAAGCAUCCGGAUGGCUCGCCAGUACUCAACAGAUGGUCUUCGACGAUCACCAAGGGCCAUGAUUUCCCCGGUGCAAAGGCUAUGCUGUAUGCGGCCGGUAUUCCGGAUAAGGAGACAAUGGCGAGAUCUCCCCAUGUGGGCAUUGCGUCUGUUUGGUGGGAGGGUAACCCGUGCAAUAUGCAUUUGAUGGAUUUGGGAAAGACGGUUAAAAAGGCCGUUGUGGAGAAGGGGAUGUUGGGAUGGCAAUAUAACACCAUUGGUGUUUCUGAUGCAAUUACCAUGGGCAAUGACGGCAUGAGAUUCUCACUUCAGACUCGUGAGAUCAUCGCCGAUAGCGUGGAAACAGUUACAUGUGCCCAGGCCCACGACGCCUGUAUCGCCAUUCCCGGCUGCGACAAGAACAUGCCCGGUGUCGUGAUGGCGAUGGCCCGUCACAACCGACCCUCCAUCAUGAUCUACGGUGGAACCAUCAAUAUCGGAUACUCCGAGUGCCUCCGCAAACCUAUCAAUGUAUCAAGCUGCUUCGAGGCAGCCGGUGCAUACGCAUAUGACACCCUCAGCCAACCCGACGAUGGCGGUGACACAAGCAAGAACAAGGACGAGAUCAUGGACGAUCUGGAGAAGAAUGCCUGUCCCAGCGCAGGUGCAUGCGGUGGCAUGUUCACAGCCAACACUAUGGCAACGGCCAUCGAGUCUAUGGGAUUGUCUUUGCCCGGUUCCUCAUCUACACCUGCCUCCUCGCCUUCCAAGAUGCGAGAGUGCGUCAAAGUAGCGGACGCCAUCAAGGUCUGCAUGGAAAAGGCCAUUCUUCCCCGCGAUCUCCUUACCAAGCGCUCAUUUGAGAAUGCUCUGGUGAUGACUAUGGCGCUGGGCGGUAGCACAAACGGUGUGCUUCAUUUCCUAGCUAUGGCGCGCACAGCGGAGGUCGACCUGACACUGGAUGAUAUCCAGCGCGUUAGCAAUAAAAUCCCCUUUAUUGCGGACCUGUCUCCCAGUGGCAAGUACUAUAUGGCCGAUCUGUAUGAGAUCGGCGGUGUGCCCUCUGUUCAGAAGCUUCUCAUCGCCGCGGGUCUGUUAGACGGUGGCAUCCCGACCGUUACAGGCAAGACACUCGCUGAGAACGUGGAAUCAUGGCCCUCCUUGCCACAAGAGCAGACAUUGAUCCGCCCCUUGAGCAACCCCAUCAAAGAAACAGGCCACCUGCAGAUUUUACGCGGCAAUCUCGCUCCCGGUGGCGCAGUUGCCAAGAUCACCGGAAAAGAAGGAUUGUCUUUCACCGGUAAGGCGCGAGUAUUCAACAAAGAGCACGAAUUAAACGAUGCGCUUGACGAGGGCCGAAUUCCCCGUGGCGAAAACCUGGUUCUAAUUGUUCGUUAUGAGGGUCCUAAGGGUGGCCCGGGUAUGCCGGAACAGCUUAAGGCUAGUGCCGCGCUGAUGGGAGCUAAGCUGAACAAUAUUGCUCUGAUUACUGAUGGUCGGUACUCGGGUGCUAGUCAUGGAUUUAUUGUUGGGCAUAUCACGCCUGAAGCGGCUGUUGGUGGACCAAUUGGACUUGUUAAGGAUGGGGAUGUGAUUACUAUUGAUGCGAACACGAAUGAGUUGUCAAUGGCGGUGUCAGAUGAGGAGCUUAAGGAGCGUCGUGCGCAGUGGACACCGCCGGAGCCGCAGAUUACCCGGGGAGUCCUGGCUAAGUAUGCACGUUUGGUGGGUGAUGCGUCGCAUGGAGCUAUGACGGAUCUGUUUUAA